CGCAUUCAAAUUUCAGCGCCAAGUUGGUCCUUCUCCGUGCAUGGCUUUAUCCUACGGCGGCCUGGCAACAAUGGGAUCAGCUCAUAAUGGCUACCUUAUUUGCGGGUGGUGUGUUUCCUCGUCCAAGCUGUGGUGUCGACAAAUAAAAGGCAUUUUCAGUUUCUGAAGCAUCAUCAGUGAGGCCCCUACAAUGGCAGCACCAUUGGUAGCGGCUGUUGUGCCUGCAGGCAGCUGCUGCUUUUCCGACAAUGCUUUGCUGUGAACAACAGGAACACCGAGUGUCCCUCCACCUAUGGCCUGCCCUGGUUGGUUGCCUUCUGCACAGUUCGCCCCGUGACAUGGACCAACAGGCUUCCCCAGGAAGCCUUGACUUCCGCGACGUCCCCGCUCCGGAGGACCACCAUCUCAGCAGCCAGGCCCAAGAGGGUGGUGUUGAACAGCCACACCAUUCCAGCCACCCUGUCAUCUUUCAAGUUGACCUUCACCCAUCUUCAGGCCACCAAAACAUUGGAGUAUGGGAAGCAAGGGUGCCGGCAGCCCGGCCACCAUCCUCGAACGUUGAAGAUUGUGGGUCUGCAGGAAGUGGUGCAGCUUCGACCUUGUCUGCAGACUGGCCGUCCAAAGAAGGGGCAGGGACAUUGCCUCUGAGUGUCUACAUGGCUUGUUUGUCUCUAGACUCCUGCCAGGUCUCCAGUCAGCGCUGCCGUCUUGAAGCCACAUGCUGCUGUGAAUCGCACAGUGCCACUGCAAAGUCAUCACCUUCUGACGUGGCCAGCCGCCGGGCAUCCACGUCAGGUCGAACUGACGGUUCUACAAGAACCUCCAGGUCACGCUGCUCCCUGGAUGAGCCUUCAAAUUACACGCUUGUUCUGAAGCCCAAAGCACUGAAGCCUUGCCCCGUGGGAGGGUCCGUCCACUCUGUGCAUUCUGCCCACUCUGCAUGUUCAGCUGGGGCUUCGUUCGACAGGCCUGAAGUUGUCAGCCGUCCCGGAAGCACACCAUCGCAAGUACUUGGCUUGAGUGAAGAGGGCCACGAACUGCUGCCGCAGAUGCCCUAUAGCAGCCCCAACAGUCCUAUUCCAUUCUUGACAGCGCUAGGGGACACAGAUGUGCAUGGGAGGAAGGAGGGAAGAACCUUGUCAACGUGCAGCAACUGCCGCAGAUCACGUUCCGCCACUGUUGAGUCAAAGAAACAACUCAGGAGCAAGAAGAGAAAAGAAAACUCUCGCGCUGAGCGAUGUUGCUCGGAAGAAAUUGGUACGCAUGGCACUUGUGACUGCAUUGAAGACUUGUCUGGACCGGUCGAAAAGGGCUCUUUGCGGCAUUCACUGGCCUCUUGCUUGGGUGCUAGAGGUCAGAGUGCGUCGCGGCCUGCUGAGAAAGCAUCAUCAAAGAGGCGCUUUUCGUUCACCCUGCCCAAUGCACUGCUUAACGUUUUUCGCAAGGGAUCUAGCACCUCACCAUCUGUGCGAAACAGUUCAAGUCAGACAGACCCCUAUCCAGAGGAGGUGGUUCGGUGCAGUGAGAAGGCGACCAGUCCAUAUGCUGUGCGAGCAUUGCCUCCACUUCCAGGCAAUGCUACUGUAACACUAUGUGACCAUUUUGGCAGGGCUGAUGCAGUCAGCUGUGCCUCGGAUGACUCGGACAGGAAGAGCCUCGACUAUGCAUCCAGCAUAGAGAAAGUUAAGGAUUGUGGCUGGUAUUGGGGCCCCAUCAGUGGAGAGACGGCUGAACGGCUGCUCGCACAUGAACCGGAUGGUUCGUUUGUCGUGCGUGACAGCUCUGACGAGCACUACAUCUUCAGCUUGACUUUCAAGCUCAACGGCUUUGUACGGCAUGUGCGCAUUGAGCAUGAUCAAGGCAACUUCAGCUUUGGCUGCCUGCAGAAAUUCCACAGCAACACCAUUGUAGACUUCAUUGAGAAUGCAGUAGAGCACUCGCGCAGUGGGCGUUAUCUGUUCUUCCUGCACCGGCGUCCUGUGCUGGGUCCCAUGCGUGUCCAGCUCCUGCACCCAGUGUCUCGUUUCAAGCAAGUCCAGUCACUCCAGCACCUCUGCCGGUUCUCCAUACUGAAGAGUAUACGGCGGGACUUUGUGGAUGCGCUCCCGCUGCCAGCACGUCUCAAGGCCUAUCUGAACACGCCGCACUACUACUCAGAGGAGCUGGCCGACUCGGUUACCCUCAGUGGUGGGGCCCUGGCUGUCCAGUCCCAGGAGCUGCAAAGUGGUCUGCAGGAGGAGCCUUUCAGUCCAAGUUGAUAGUACAUCUUGGAAAGGCUUUUGUUCUAGUUCAUCUCUCUCUCUCUGUCUCCCUCCUGGGUGAGAAUUUUUGUGUGUUUGCUGCAGCAUCUUCAUCAAAGGUGCUAUCAACAUGAAUUGAAAUUCGAGCUAGUCAGAGUGAAGUAGGGCAGAUUUUUUGCACUUCUUCGCUCGCCAGUGUCUGCAGCAUUGGCAUGAUUCAGUUGGAGAUUCUGAGUCACAGGGCCAUGGCGCAUUCUAUGACUGCUUGGGCACCGAUGCCUCGCUGCACUUUAAAAAAAGAACAUAUGUGCAAGGCAUUCACUUUUUUUGUUUUUGCUUUCAUGUGUGUUUCAAUUUUUGCUGGUAAUGCAUUGCCACUUGUGCAUAAGUGAAGGAGAAAGUAAUGCUUCGAGCACUUGUGUGUCUCUGUGUUGAUUGAAGAACACUGGGAAACAUUCUCAUUUUAGUGUUAUACCACCUCCUACACAACUCUUACAGAUGAUACCAAGGACCCCUGCGUUGCAUGUCCUUGCAUGUCCAGUGCGUCAGAGUUGCCAAUGUGUGGCUGAAUUAGUGGCAGCAUGCCAUAGUAAAUGUGAAAUGUGGGCCUGUUUUGACUGUUAUUGCUUUAUGAGUGUCAACUUGUCAGCCAUCUCUGACUGCAUUGUUCUGUCCUGUGAAGCCAGAAAGUUGGAAGUAACUGAAAGCCUCGCUUGAAUUUAACGGCUUUGAAAUGCAUUGAGCAUAUAGCGAGCCAGCCAAAAUUCUGGAAUUUGUUCAAAUUGAUCUAAGACGUUAAAUUACUUCUGUGUGAAUUAUCACAAGCCAACUUGUGUUUUUGCACGAGUGUUGAGGAGAUUGUGGGAAGCAGUGAAUUUUUUUUGUUGCACUGUCGAGAAUAGAUAGAGCCAACUUAUGAAGGCCAUCAAAUGCAGCGUUACUGAAUUGACUGGUUGUCAGUGGGUGAUGCAGGUUAUCGUAUGUAUGUAAAAAGAAUGGUGUCGUUGUUUCAGAAUUUCUUGAAAGGGGAUAACAAGCCUUGCAUUUUUUUCCACCAAAGAACUGUAUGACUUCAGUGUCAGAUGCAUAUUUGCUAUCAUUGCUGCACCUACGACAGUAUUAAAACCUAUACCCUGCUG